CUUGCACGCGUCGAGAUUGAACAAGUUCCCGCACAAUUGGUUAUCAUCCACAAUAUCGCAAGACCCAGACACGCCAUGGUGACCAAAGCAGAAUCCUCAAAAGGUCCCGCCAGCAAUGGCAUCACGGCCAAUCCCAACACUGCAGGAGGAGCCAACUACGAACUGCCUUGGGUCGAGAAAUACCGUCCCGUGUACCUGAACGAUGUCGUCGGCAACACAGAGACCAUUGAGCGCCUCAAGAUUAUCGCGAAGGAUGGCAACAUGCCACAUGUCAUCAUCUCUGGUAUGCCCGGUAUCGGAAAAACUACCUCGAUCCUCUGCCUCGCCCGCCAGCUGCUGGGUGAUGCCUACAAGGAGGCCGUGUUGGAGCUCAAUGCUUCCGACGAGCGUGGGAUCGAUGUCGUCAGGAACAGGAUAAAAGGCUUUGCACAGAAGAAGGUGACGCUGCCGCCCGGCAGGCAGAAGUUGGUCAUCCUCGACGAGGCCGAUAGCAUGACCAGUGGCGCUCAGCAAGCCCUUCGACGUACCAUGGAAAUCUACAGCGCCACAACCCGCUUCGCAUUUGCUUGUAAUCAGUCGAACAAGAUCAUCGAGCCCUUGCAGUCGCGCUGUGCAAUCCUGCGCUAUGCCCGCCUAACAGAUGGACAGAUUGUUAAGCGCUUGCUGCAAAUUGUUGAGGCGGAGAAGGUAGAACACGCAGAAGACGGUCUCGCGGCCCUGGUAUUCUCGGCAGAGGGAGACAUGCGUCAAGCCAUCAACAAUUUACAGUCCACACACGCUGGUUUUGGGUUCGUCAAUGGGGACAACGUCUUCAAAGUAGUCGACAGCCCGCAUCCCAUCAAAGUCCAGGCAAUGAUCAAGGCAUGCCAUGAGCAACGCGUUGAUGAUGCGCUCACAGGGUUAAAGGAGUUGUGGGAUCUUGGAUACAGCUGCCACGACAUCAUUAGCACCAUGUUCAAGGUCACCAAAACCAUUGAUUCCUUGAGCGAGCACGCCAAGCUAGAAUUCAUCAAGGAAAUUGGCUUCACUCACAUGCGUAUCCUAGAAGGUGUGCAGACUCUUCUCCAGCUUUCUGGCUGCAUUGCACGACUCAGCAAGAUCAACAUGCAGCCACAACUGUUUGUAAUACCCACGAAAUAA